GUAUCGUUAUUAUAGGUUAUAAUUUUGUAUUUUCAUUUUCAAAGUCAAGAUGAAUAAAGUUCAAAAACCAAAAUACAAACAUUUCAACAGAAAACAGACAAGGUCCAGUUUGGAUAUUAAUUUAAAAGGAUUCUUAUGUAGUUGUAAUAGCAGAGAAAAGGAGUGCAUAACUGAAGCCUACAAUUUGUUAAAUAAAUAUGCAGAUAUACUAUACCCAGUUCAACCAGAACCAGAAGAGAAGUCUGAAGACAAUACCAACAAUUCUGAACCAUCUAUAGAAGAUGAACUACAGAAGGAAAUAUCUGCACUAAAAUCAAAGAAAAAAAGGUUUCAACAGGUGGAAUCUGGUGCUAAAAAUUUUCUUUUUAUUAAAACCACCUUAGAAAAUCCUGUAGAAUUAGCACAUAAAAUUGUAUCUGCUAUCAAAAUUAAUAAUACCGCCGAGACAAGAUUUUUGUUAAGACUGAUUCCAAUUGAGGUAACAUGUAAAGCAUAUGUUAAAGAUAUUACUACUGCAUUUGAACCACUUGCCGAAAAAUAUUUUAAGGAUAGUCCCACCACAUUUGCAAUUGUUUAUAAUCAUAGAAAUAACAGUAAUGUUAAUAAAGAUGAAUUACUCAAAGCUGUAGCUGAAUUAGUCUCAACUGCUAAUCCCAGCAAUAAAGUUGAUUUAAAAAAUGCCAAUGUAUCUAUAGUGAUUGAAGUUAUUAGAAGCAUGGCAUUGAUUGGGGUAGUUCCUGAUUUUACCAAGUAUAAGAAAUACAAUUUAUUGGCAGUUGUUGACACUGAACAAGUUACAGAUCAGCAGAUGGAUGAACCCAAUGAUGAGCAAAAUUAGUAUGAAUAUUAGAAAGAAAAUGUAUAACUUAUUGUAUACAUAUAUGGAACCUGGGAUGUUCUAAUAAUUACUGUAUUUUUAAUACAAAUAUGUUAAUCACUGAUGAAUUUGAAGUAUUUUCCAUUCACUUCAUUAAUAAAACUUAUCUUUCACAAUAAAA